AUGUCGGAGUCAGAAGACGACAACAGCGGCGUCGAGUCAAGCGGGAGUCGGCCAUGUCGUCACCCCGCCGUGCUCUCAGCCAGACUGACUGUCGUGGUGGAGGACACUCACUUUUCCGAGGAGAAGACCUUGCUGGUGCGGAGUUGCGACUAUUUCCGUGCACUCUACCGCUCCGGAAUGAGGGAGUGUCGCCAGGAGGAGAUCCACCUAAAGUCUCUGCACGCUCGAGGCUUUUUCAUCGCCUUGGCAGUCUUACGAGGUGAGGCGCCUGGUUUGGAUGCGGACGACAUCGUUGAGGCCAUCGAGUGCGCCGCUUUCCUGCAGGUGGCGCCGCUCACCAAGCAUCUGGUACACCUCAUCGACUCGGACAACUGCGUGCUCAUGUUGCACACCGCUGCGACCUUUGGCCUCCUGGAUCUGUACCACGCUGCUGCGCUGUUUAUCCGAAAUAUGUACCCAGACCUGGAGGUGGAGGUCAGGAGGACCUUGCCGCUUGAGUUGAUUUCCUUCGUGGAGUCUCUGAGCCCGAGUGCUUUUGUGGCCGUUGGUGCCCAUGUGACCUGCAGCACAAGCGAAAGCGUUCAUGCAGCCUCCAGGACUGUCUGCUACCUGGAUGAAAGUGGGAACACCUGGAAAACUCUCACGGAUCUUCCCCUGGAGGCCAGCACCUCCAUGGCGGGCGUGGCUGUCUUGGACAACAAACUCUAUAUCGUUGGCGGUGUUCAUGGUCUCCACAAAGAUGUUGUUGAUGCCAGUUUCUGCUACGAUGUGUCCAAGAACAGCUGGAUAGAGAUCGCUGGUCCGGUCAAGCGGCGCUUCAACCUAAGUCUAGUGGGACAAGAUGGCCAUCUGUACGCCAUCGGAGGAGAGUACGAGCGGACGGUGAUGUCAUCGGUGGAAGUAUUAGAGCUCAAGUCUGGCCGGUGGCGCUUUGCCGCUCACCUGCCUCGGCCGGCAUCAGGGGCGGCGUGCACCAAAACCAUGGGGAGGAUUUUUGUAUGCUUGUGGAGGCCCAUGGAGACCACUGAGAUCUACGAGUACAUCCCAACUAAGGAUCAGUGGCGUUUGCUCACCAGUUUGAUCCGACGCCAGAGCUACGGUCACUGCAUGGUGGCCCACAGGGACGACCUGUACGUGAUGAGGAACGGGCCAUCGGACGACUUCCUGAGAUGCAUGAUAGACUGCUACAACCUGAGCACGGGCCAGUGGACAGCUCUGCCGGGACAUUUCGCCAACAGCAAGGGCUCGCUCUUCACCGCCUUGACCCGCGGUGACUCGGUCUUCACGCUCAACAGGAGCUGCACUCUGGAGUACGUCGUCAGCGGGAAGAUGUGGAAACCCAGACGCCAGAUGAAAGGUUUCCCGCGAAGUGGAUCAGUGUGGACGUUCCUGCUCCAGAUACCAAACAAUCAAAAUGACAAAUGCACAAACAAAUCGCAAAAGUCGACUUGAGGCAAUUCGACUCUUCUUGUUUGUUUGAUGUUUCACCUUUAAUCCAAAAGACUACUUCAGUUCUAACUGUUUGGUGUGGUGCCUCCUUAUUCAUGUGCCUGGUGGGUGUGUCCUUUGGGGUUGGUGUU